AUGAGAGUCAAGCGUAUCCUGAUAGAUACAGGGAGUUCGUCCGACAUAAUGAGCAUGGAGUGCCUCAGUCGUCUAGCUCACGAUCCAAAGACAAUUGAAAGCAUACACUACCCCAUCAUCAAUUUUGGAGGAAGCAUAAUACAUCCCGUGGGCGUCAUCAACUUGCCGGUUCGGAUAGGGGAUCGAAAAGAUGGACGAAAGAUGGGAGUAAACUUUUUAAUUGUCAAGGACUUGACAGCAUACAAUGUCAUCUUGGGACGUCCCACCCUGAACAAGAUUAAAGCAGUAGUUGUCACCCAUCUCAUGCUCCUGAAGUUUAUAUGUGAUGAUGGGGCAAUAGGAACUAUACAUGGAGACCAACAGCAAGCAAGAGACUGCUACCUCACAACCCUCAACCCGUCAGCAUGGAAGAAAGAUUUGGCCGAAGUGAGGACCAAGAGAAAACUUGAGGAGGAACUACCUGCUGCCAAUGAGAAUAUACCAGCCAAGAUAGAAAAAAGUGGCUAA